GAGACCCUAUUAAAGCACCCGCCAUGACUGUGGUUGAUGUGAGUUCACUGUCGUGAUUGACAAAUGCACUCUGCCGCCUGUACCCGGCUGGCUGAUAUACGUCUUAUUUAGCUACCCAACCCGAAAUCUACCAAGAUCACCAUUCCUUGGUGCCCGAUGCCUUCCAGUUAUCGCAAUUUGAUACCCUCCGAGCAAUUCCCUGCAGAGAAGGGUCGAUAUGUAUUAUACGUUAAUUAUGUUUGCCCAUGGGCCCACCAUACCAUCAUUGUUCGUGCGCUGAAGGGCUUGGGGGAGAUAAUACAAUUAGUUGAGGUAGAUGCGAGGGAUCCAACGCAUGGCUGGUAUUUCUCUGGGCAUACGGGUCCAGAACGAGAUCCGAUAUACGGGGUCAGAUGGUUGAGAGAGUUGUAUCUGAAAGCAGACCCUCAAUAUACUGGCAGAGUCUCUGUUCCAUUGCUAUGGGACAAGAAGCAUGGCACUGUUGUGAACAAUGAGAGUGGCGAUAUAAUGCGCAUUCUUUCUGUGGCAUUUGAUCAUCUUUUACCUCCAGAGAAGCGCGAGGCGAACAAAGGAGCGGCAGCAUUAGUUCCCCAACAGCUAAGACCCGAAAUCGAUAUACUCAACAGAUGGGUGUACGAUACAGUCAACAAUGGUGUUUACAAGGUUGGCUUUGCCACCUCGCAGUCAGCUUACAACGAACACGUCACCAGACUCUUCCAGUCACUCGACAGACUGGAAUACCAUCUCUCUCAACCAGGGCACUCCCCCUAUUUAUUCGGCGAUCACAUUACUGAGGCUGAUAUACGGGUAUAUACGACCCUCAUUCGCUUCGACGUAGUAUACUACACACUGUUCAAGUGCAAUCUAAAGAUGAUACGUCUCGACUAUCCGCGUCUGCACGCGUGGCUGAGACGGUUAUACUGGAGUGAGAGUUACGAUGUGUUCAAAAGCACAACUCAUUUUGAUAUUAUCAAACGCGGCUACUCAUCCGUGAUAGUUGCUAGCAACGGCGUGGUACCCAUUGGGCCUAUGCUCUCGAUCAUGCCACUUUGAGAGUG